AUGAUGGAUUCUAUCUUCGAUAUUCCGUUUGACCAGCUUCCGAACCCGAAGCAAGUUUGGAUGGGCAAGCCGGGCAGCCAUGAAGAAGGGCUCGGAAAACUCGCAAUUCUGACCCCUGAAGUCGUUGGACAAGCAGCGGCUCAAGAGAUUCGAAGUGGUCGCCGUGUGACUUUGAACUGGGAAAUGACCAAGUUGGACUAUCCCAAUCUGAAUCGACAGCCUUGUCAUCAUGAGAUCGUGCCUCUGCUGGGAGGGGUUGCCUUUGAUGACAUCUAUACGAUGAAUCCGCAGCAAAGUAGUCAAUGGGAUGGACUACGCCACUUUUCGCAGAUCGUACCUGGUCAAUCUCAACGGCUCUUUUACGGUGGGACGACUGUUGAAGAGAUCAACGACCGUCAGAACGAUCGCAUUGGACUUCAGUUCUGGGCUAAGCAGGGAAUCGCAGGGCGCGGGGUCUUAAUCGACUAUGCAACAUGGGCCGAGCAAAAAGGGAUCAAGUAUAGUACAUUUUCAACCCACCAGGUGCGCCUUACAGAUAUUUUGGAGAUCGCUCAAAAUAGCAAUAUCACGUUUCGAAAAGGUGAUAUCCUCUUUGUACGUGUGGGCGUUACAAAGGAAUGGGACACUGUAAUGUCGGAUGAUCAAAAACAAGCCUAUUCAGAUAGCUCAUGUCCCGAGCACGCUGGAGUGGAAGCGACUAUGGAUGUCCUUCGCUGGCUUUGGGACACUGGAUUUGCUGCCAUCGCCAGUGAUGCUAUUAGCUGGGAGGUCUAUCCACCCCAGUCUCCUGAUAUAUUUCUUCAUGAAUACAUUUUAGCAGGGUGGGGAAUGCCAAUCGGGGAACUUUUUGAUUUAGAAGCACUAGCACGAACUUGUCAGGAGCUUCAACGGUGGAGUUUCUUCAUAUCAUCCGUGCCCCUGAAUAUGCCGGGCGGCGUAUCCUCCCCACCGAACGCCAUGGCGAUCUUUUAA